AUGAAGAUUUUAACAAGAGAAGAAAUUGAUGCUCAUCGUCACUACACCCUGAUGGGUGGUGUUAAAGGUGCAGCUGCAGGUCUGUUAAUUUCUGCAGCUAUGUUCAGGUUUUUACCCCAUCGUUAUCCUAAAUUCAAUCCAAAGGCUAUGACAUGGUCUGUCAAGACUGCUUUAUUCAUCACGCCUCCAACUCUUUUGGCUUCUAUUGUCGCUGAAGAAUCUUCUAACAGUUUUGAUAAGAAAAUGUAUGGUGACUCUUCGUCCAGUGAUAUUCUUGCUGAACAUAACAGAUGGAAGAACCUGCCUAUGAGCGAAAAAUUGGUCGAAGGUUUGUCCAACAAUAAGUACAAGAUCAUUGUUGGUGCAUGGGCUGCUUCCUUGUAUGGAUCCUGGAAAUUGGUUGAUAGGGACUUAUACAUGACCAAAGCCCAAAAGGCUGUGCAGGCAAGAAUGUAUGCUCAAGGUAUAACUGUGAUUUUGUUACUAGCCUCAAUUGGUUUAUCUAUGUACGAGGAAAAGCUACAUCCAGAUCAAAAGAAGGAGGCUAGAGACCGUCGUUGGCAAGCGGCUUUGGAGCAUGCUGAGAAGGAAGAAGAGAUGGCUGCAACCGCUGGUUACAGAAGUAACGAAGACAGAGUUAAGGCCAAGAUUUUUAAAUAUGAUUGA